GGCUCCCGCCCCUGCGGCGCCAGGACCAAUGGGCCUGCGGGAGGUGGCGCUUCACUCGCCGCCUGGCACUGCGGUAAUAUGGCUCCGUAGCGGGCGGCCGGCUCGGCGUUGCUGCCGCCAUUAACCCCUGCGCGCCCGGCAGCCUCGGGGAAGUGGAGCGGGGACCCUGCGUGAGGAUGACCUCGGCUGCCGGUUCCGCCGCAUUACCGCCCGGCUCCGCCGCCCGCGCCCUGCAUGUGGAGCUGCCUUCGCAGCAGCGCCGGCUUCGUCAUCUUCGGAAUAUUGCUGCACGUAACAUUAUUAAUAAGAAUGGUUAUCGCCUCUUGGAUACAUACUUCACUCUUCACUUGUGUGAUAAUGCCAGGAUCUAUAAAGAAUUUUAUAAGAGUGAGGUGGUCAAGAAUUCUCUGAAUCCAACAUGGAGGAGUCUGGACUUUGGAAUAAUGCCUGAUCGUCUUGAUACCUCUGUCUCUUGUUUUGUUGUGAGGAUCUGGGGUGGCAAGAAGGAGCACUUUCAGCUUUUGAUUGAAUGGAAGGUCAAUCUAGAUGGGUUAAAAUACUUGGGCCAGCAGAUCCAUGCAAGAAACCCAAAUGAGAUUAUUUUUGGUCUCAAUGAUGGUUAUUAUGGAGCUUCAUUUGAGCAGAAGGAUCACUCAGGUACCCUGAAGAACAUUCUUCUCCAGGUGGAUCAGAACUGUGUUCGUAACUCUUACGAUGUCUUCUCUUUGCUUAGGCUCCACAGAGCUCAGUGUGCAAUUAAACAGACUCAGGUAACUGUUCAGAAAAUAGGAAGGGAGAUUGAAGAAAAGCUGAGAUGUACAUCUACAAGGAAUGAACUGAAAAAGGAGAGCGAAUGUUUACAGUUGAAGAUCCUGGUGCUACGUAAUGAACUGGAGCGGCAGAAGAAGGCUCUUGGUCAAGAAGUAGCCUUGUUGCAUAAGCAAAAAAGUACUUUGCUUGAUAGAGAAAAUGCAUUUGGAACUGAAUAUCAGAAACUUGAAGAGCAUAAUGAAUCUCUGCAUGAAUUAAAAAAGGAAUGCACUGCUAAGAGAGAACAGUUUUUGAAGACAAAUGCCCAGCAGACUAUUCGAUGCAAGCAGUUGCUGUCAGAGCUAUCCUACAUCUACCCUAUUGAUUUGAAUAACCAAAAGGAUUACUUUGUUUGUGGAGUCAAGCUUCCUAAUUCUGAAGACUUUCAAGCAAAAGAUGAUGGAAGCAUCGCUGUUGCCCUGGGCUAUACUGCUCACCUGGUUUCCAUGAUAUCCUUCUUCUUACAAGUGCCACUCAGGUAUCCCAUAAUUCACAAGGGCUCCCGGUCUACAAUCAAAGAUAAUAUAAAUGACAAGCUGACGGAGAAAGAGCGAGAAUUUCCUUUAUAUGCAAAAGGAGGGGAGAAGCUUCAGUUUGAAUACGGAGUUUAUCUUCUCAACAAAAAUAUAGCACAGCUUAGAUACCAGCAUGGGCUGAGUACUCCAGAUCUAAGGCAAACUCUUCCUAACCUGAAAAACUUCAUGGAGCUUGGGCUAAUGGUUAGGUGUGACCGACACCAUACAUCCAGUGCAAUUCCUGUUCCAAAGAGACAGAGCUCUAGCUUUGGCAGAUUGGAUAUUGGCUUUUCCAGUGGGCUUCCUUCUCCAGAUAAAGGACUCCGAAAACGAGCCAGCACAGGAAAUGAGAGACUACAGUACAAAACUCCCUCUCCUAGUUACAGCUCUGCUUUAACACAGCCUGUUGCUGUCACAGCCCAUGUUGGAGAGCUGGAUAAAAAACCCGGACCCAUAUGUUCUUCCUUGGACACCUCUAUGGACUCCUCCAAAAGAAAUACCAAGAAAGGCCAGGACUUGUGCAGUAGUUUAAAUGGAGAAAAUGGAAGCCUAAACAAUACCCAAGACGGGCAGGAAUCUUUCUUAGGACAUUCUAGUGCAACAAAUGGGGCAUUUCUGCCUGGUGAGUGCUCUGGCACCAUGAGCAACAAGCAGCCCUGUGAGUUUCAGCCUGCACUCAACCCCGUGCUUUGCUGCACUGUGGAGCAGGCAGAGGAGAUCAUGGGUAUGGAAGCAACAGGGUUCAGCACAGGAGAUCAGCUGGAAGACUUUAACUCCAUCCCAGUGGAACAUGCUGUAGCAGUUGAGUGUGAUGAACAAGUCCUAGGGGAGUUUGAGGAGUUCUCUCGAAGGAUCUGUGCACUGAAUGAGAACAUGUCCAGCUUCCGCAGACCUCGUAAAAGUUCGGACAAGUGAGCUCGGACAGGGAUUUAAUAGCAGACAUUGAGGUGAAAUCAGUGAUCUGGAAUAGAAAUAAAAUUGCACUUAUUCUUUAUAUUAAUUAUGAAAAUAAAAAAAGAUAAAGCUAUUCCUAUGGUGUUAGACAAAUGGACUUGAGCACAAUAACACAAGAUCAUGGUGUAUUCACAGCCCAGGUAAAUUUUCAUUCCACUUUAAGUCCCUUUAUGUCCAGUAUUUAUGAUCUGUUGGAGGUUUUGUGGGUUUCUUUUCUUGGGCAUUGGAAUCCAUUUUUAAAGGCUUUCCUGAAAACAACUUCUAGUGCUGAUCAGCACCUUCUAUGAAUGUUUGUUAAGUUCUUAAUUAUUAUUUAGAAUUAAAUUAAUUUUAAUCUUUUCAGAAGGAAAAAAACCUUUAAUUUAAAAUACUUUUAUGAUGUCUUUACAUUGUCCCAUGUACAUGUACUGUGUUUGCUUGAACAAUGUAGUCAGUAUUAAGAGAAAUACCAUUUAUUUGUCACAAUUGGACAACUUUAUUUUGGCUGUGCUCUGUAGCCUUUGAAGUUCUAGUUUGCACUGAGGAGUCUUCACUUGGUGGUGUGAACUUGCCAGAGAAUGAGCAUCUGUGUGAUUUUUGCAGUUUCCUUGCAUCUGGUUAAUCAGAGGUGAUAUUUGGGUUUUUUUUCACUCCUCCUUUCCUCCAUACUUGCUUUUCCUACCAGUGGAAGCCUUGAGGAGUAAAUCACCUCUAAGGUUCUGUGUAAUAAUAUCAUCCUGACCAAUCCCCAGGGAUUAGGCUGGGCACAGAUCUCAUUAAUAGAGACUUAAGGAACCCAGUACCCAAGUGGGGUUCAGCUGCUACCCUCCAGGGUGUGCAGUGGGGACAGUGUGCCCUGAGAUACUUCAGACAUCUUCCAAAAAAA